AUGAUCAGAUGUGCAAAGAAAACUAUUCCCCGAGGCAAGACUAAGCACUAUCUACUGUUUUGGUCUAAACACCUUGAGGAACUGAAAAGAAAGAGGGACGCCGUUCGCAACACUGCUGAUCAGACUGGAAGAACAGAAGACGUAAAAGCCUGGAGACGACAAUCAGCUGUCCUAAGGCAAGCCAACUUACAAGCUAAACGCACUUCCUUCGACAAGUUGAUCUCAAAUAUCAACUAUCAAAGUGAUAGCCAACGCACUUUCAAAUCUCUGAGAAACCUGCAAGACAACAGAGAAAGACCCAAGAAAGAAGCAAUAUGCUUAAACAAAAACUGCUUACCACCGACUCCGAGAUAG